AUGUCCAGCAACCCGUAUGACAUCAGCCCCGACCAAGUGAAACUCCCAAACCGGGCUAAUGUUCCAUCACUCAAGUUCUGCUCAAAGACUAUUGAAGAGACAGAAACUGAACUCAAUACAGAUGCCAAAUUGGGAUUGCCUGCACAGGAAAUUAUCAACCGACGCACCAUUUAUGGUGUCAACGAGUUAUCCCACAAGGAUGAAGAAAGUUUACUAUUCAAAUUUUUCUCCUCUUUUUAUCAAGACCCGUUGAUUUUGCUUCUUAUUGGAUCCUCGGUGAUUAGUUUCAUCAUGGGCCAGACCGAUGAUGGUAUCUCCAUCUUCCUUGCCAUUGUCAUUGUUGUCACUGUUGGUUUUGUCCAGGAGUAUAGAUCUGAAAAGUCGUUGGAAGCAUUGAACAAGUUAGUCCCCGCCGAGGCACAUCUCACAAGAAACGGUAACUCAACCACUGUUCUCGCCUCCACUUUAGUACCCGGAGAUGUAGUUUACUUCUCAACUGGUGAUAGAAUACCAGCUGAUGUUCGUUUAACCAAUGCAGUCUACCUAACCAUAGAUGAAAGUAACUUGACCGGUGAAAAUAGACCAGUACAAAAGAAUACUGAUCCAGUUACUAUGAAGGACCCCCCAGUCACAGAGAGAACCGAUAUAGCCUUUAUGGGUACUUUGGUACGCGAAGGACACGGGAGUGGUAUUGUUGUUGGAAUUGGUACACAAACUGUUUUUGGGACUGUUUUUGAAAUGAUGAGUGAGAUUGAAAAACCAAAGACACCUUUGCAACAGGCAAUGGAUAAAUUAGGUAAGGACUUGAGUAUAUUUAGUUUUGCCAUCAUUGGUAUAAUUUGUUUAAUUGGAAUCUUCCAGGGAAGAUCAUGGUUGGAUAUGUUUCAGAUUUCAGUAUCUUUGGCAGUAGCUGCGAUUCCCGAAGGUCUACCAAUCAUUGUUACUGUCACCUUGGCAUUGGGAGUAUUGCGCUUGGCCAAACAAAAGGCGAUUGUAAAGAGAUUGCCAAGUGUCGAAACCUUGGGAUCAGUUAAUGUUAUUUGCUCGGAUAAGACGGGCACAUUAACUCAAAACCACAUGACGGUUACCAAAAUAUGGACCACUGACUUCAAAGGCAGUUUCAACUCACCCUUUUUAGUGGUUGAGAAAUUGGACGAUAACACAUUACACCACCAAUUGACUGCAAACAUGCGCAAAGUGCUUCAUUGUGGUAAUAUUUGUAACAACUCCAAGUAUUCGGCGGCAAAUGAACGGUAUGUUGGUAACCCAAGCGACAUUGCCUUGCUUGAAUGUCUUCCUCAUUUCGGAUUGGAAGACAUUCGAGGGCAAACAGAGAGGAUGAAUGAGUUGCCAUUCUCAUCCACAAGAAAGUACAUGGCCAUUAGUGUUCAUACUGGUGACAGAGCCAAGGCAGAUACGUAUGCUAAAGGUGCAACGGAGAAACUACUCAAACAUUGUAACAGAUACUACGACUCUAACGGGCACGUACAACCGAUUACUCCUGACUUUAUGGAAACCGUGCAUGAGAAAUCUAAGUUGCUUGCCAAUGAUGGACUUCGUGUUUUGGGUUUUGCCGAAAGUAACAAGUCGUUUGACCAAGAGCCACUGGAUUUGAUCUUUUGCGGAAUGGUUGGUAUGAAGGAUCCACCAAGACCCAAUGUUGGUAAAUCUAUUUCUAUGUUGAUGAAAGGAGGCGUCCACGUGAUUAUGAUCACUGGUGACUCUCCAUCCACGGCGUUGAACAUAGCUAGACAAAUUGGUAUGCCGGUGACUGGACAACACUCGGUGAUGACAGGGGACCAGAUUGACGAAUUGAAAGAGGAAUCUUUAUCGCACGCCAUCCAUAAUGUUUCUGUUUUUGCUAGAACUACUCCCGAACAUAAAGUCAAGAUUGUGAAGGCAUUGCAGAGACGUGGGGAUAUUGUGGCAAUGACAGGUGACGGUGUCAAUGACGCACCGGCAUUAAAGCUUGCUGAUAUUGGUAUCGCCAUGGGUAAGAACGGAACUGAUGUGGCCAAGGAAGCAGCUGAUAUGGUGCUUACCGAUGAUGAUUUCAGUACCAUUCUUAGUGCUAUUGAAGAAGGUAAAGGUAUAUUUAACAAUAUUCAAAACUUUAUUACUUUUCAGUUGAGUACAUCGAUUGCUGCAUUAACUUUGAUUGCAUUGAGUACAUUCUUUGGACUCCCAAACCCAUUAAACGCAAUGCAAAUAUUGUGGAUCAACAUUUUGAUGGAUGGUCCACCAGCACAAUCAUUGGGUGUUGAGCCAGUUGAUCACGAAGUGAUGAACAAGCCACCAAGAAGCAGAAAUGAUAAGAUCUUGACUUCGCAAUUGCUCAAGAGAGUUGUUCAGUCAGCCGUGAUGAUCAUUAUCGGAACAUUGUACAUCUUUAUAAAGGAGAUGAAAGAUGGCGAGGUGACUGCGCGGGACACGACAAUGACAUUCACAUGUUUUGUUCUUUUUGAUAUGUUCAACGCUUUGGCAUGUCGCCACCAUUCAAAGUCUAUUUUUUCUAUGGGGAUGAAGAACAGCAUGUUUAAUUUUGCUGUGUUUGGAUCUUUAUUGGGCCAAUUCUGUGCUGUGUAUGUGCCAUUUUUCCAAAGAAUUUUCCAAACCGAGGCGUUGAGUUUGGGUGAUAUUUUGCAUUUGAUUGGAUUGUGCAGUUCGGUAUUUAUUGUUGACGAGGUUAGAAAAUGGUGGGUCAGGAGAAGGACAUUGUAUACGAAUAACUACAACGUUGGAGUAUAA